AUGUCUUAUGUAGACGAUAGUGACACACACGAGGACGAAAUCGAUGAUUUGCUUGAAGACAUUGAUAGUGAUUUGGAGCCGGUGGAAGAUUACGAUCCCUUGGAAGCAUCCUUAAUGGUGGGGGCUCAAUUUCAACACCUUGUAAACAUUUUCAAGAGUUCGCCGUCUGCAUUUCCCCCAAUAAGAAGAACCCCCUACCAAAAAUCCACCUACACGGGUUUGGACUGGACCUCCUGUAACUUCACAACAUAUGUUCAUGCAGGUAAAUUCUAUGUGAUGGACUCCGGAUACGCAAACAUCCCAGGUUUCAUGACACCAUAUCGUGGUGAAAGAUAUCAUCUUCCAGAGUGGUUGUGGUCUAACCAGUUUCCCGAUAAUGCUCGUAAGAUGUUUGACAGACGACAUGCCACUGUUUGUAAUGUUAUCGAAUGCAACUUUGGUUUGCUAAAGGGAAGUUUCCCAUCAUAA